AUGGUUGAGGAAGGACACCAAAUCAGUCAUCACAUGUAUGAUCACACUGACAUCCGUGACAUGAACGAUACCGCGGUCGCAUCGGAGCUUGAGGACAUCAAUGAAUUUUUUCGAGAGCAUUUUAAGUAUGGAGAUGUGCUGCGUAGUUCCACAAAUCCGAGUACUCGGUACGUGCGACCCCCAUACCUGGGCAUGGAUGAGCAGAAGGCAACUCUCUUACAGACUCUGGGAUACAAAGUCGUGCAGAUAUCAGCCUCCGGCGAGGAUUCUUCCUCUGCCGCGAAUGCAACAGACUCUUUGCGCUACUACGUCUGCGAAGAAGGGCAAUUUGCUAAUUUAACCUGCCCUUUCGAUAAGGAUGGUAACAAGCUGAAAGCUCCUUUCAAUGAACAUGAUGGGUACUCGGCAACAACAGACUCUUGGAUUACUCUUCAUCACGAUCUGUUUGCUACUGUCCCUACACACGAAACGCUCAUCGACUAUAUUCCCAUCGCCGCCGCU